AUGGCGAUCGGCACCCCCCUGCCCCGCCGCGACCGCCGCCGCUCCUCCAUCCUACGUCUAUCAGGGAUCGGGACGGAUGGCACCGUUCGGUUCGUCUCGUGGCGUGCUACCGGACACGAUGAUAUCUUCGGUCAUUUGGUCCCCGCCGGCGUACUGAAUUCGACUCAAGCUCUAUCCUCGCCGGCGGUAGCGGCCGGCGACAACCCGGACCAGUUAUAA